AUGUCGUGCGAUAAAAAUACGGAGCGCACCCUGCGCUUGCGAGAGAAUAAACGUCGCAACAGAGCACGCCAGAAGGAAUACACGGCCGAUCUGGAACGCAGACUGAGAAAAUUUGAACAAGAAGGUGUCCGGGCAACCGUCGAGAUACAAACCGCAGCUAAGAAGGUCGCAGAAGAGAAUAUUUACCUACGAGAGCUGUUGCUGGUGCUCGGCAUUGAUCGCUUAUCUGUCAAUGAUUGGAUAACUCGGCGGAGAUCCCCCGAUGGUGCAAAGGAUAGCCAUCAAUGUCAUGAAGUUGCAGGUGACAGAAUUUGCAACAAAGGCAAAGAAGGCCCGUCUUGCGCUCCGUCAUCACAGCUGCAAUGCUCACUGCCCUGCAACACGGUUUGCCAAUCCAGCAGUUGUCCACUGAGCGAUUCUAUCCCCAAACCAGCCGACCAUUCAUCAUCCACUGCUGAGGACAGUCAAGUCCCUGAUAUGUUCUCUUCGCCUGGACGGAGUAAAUCAACAUCGGACAGCAGACAAGAGACUAGCUGUCACGACGCGGGACUGGCACCGGAUGAACCAAGAACCCCGGGGGAGGGAUCAUCCCGGCCGCCACCUGCUCCUUGCAAGCUCCUCACGCGUCUCGCUGCGAAUCCCGGUUCCGACGUCUCGACGAUCUUAGCUGGGCUAGAGACCGAGCAAAAAGCCGACCGCGUAGAAGGCGGCCUGCCCUGCGAGAGUGCAUACAAGCUGUUGAUGCGGUAUGCCACCAGUGAAGAGAAGAUAGAGGCUCUCGCUCGGUCUCUCGAAGAGGGUUGCGUUCCUAAUUCGAGUGGUGGAUGCAAGGUCAAGAAUCAGACAGUAUCACAAGCACUUCUAGAUAUAUGUCUUUGA